CUCCCCAAGAGCCAGUGUCUCCUUUUUUCAGUCUCAGGGCUUUUUAAAAAAGAGCCAGAAGCUUCAAUGUUGCAUGCCGUGCUAUGACAACGUCACUGCUUCUCCGUCCGCGCUGGGUCGACCCGUCGGUGAUGUUUCUCUACGACAACGGCGGCUCCGAUGAACUGAGCAAGAACAUGGAGGGUUUUGCUGGUGGCAACUUUGCUGCGAACCAGUGCAGGAAUCUGAUGGCGCACCCCGCGUCCCUGGCACCCAGCGCGGCGUACUCGUCCGGCGACGUGCCCGUGUCUGGCAUGGGCGAGCCGGUGAAACAGUGCAGCCCCUGCUCCGCAGCUCAGAAUUCAUCCAGCGCGUCCCUGCCGUACGGCUACUUCGGUUACCCGUGCAGAAUGUCGCAUCACAGCACCAUUAAGUCGUGCGGAGCGCAGCCCCCCUCGGCGUAUGGAGAGAAAUACAUGGAAACAUCCGCUUCUGGCGACGACUUCACCUCUCGGGCUAAGGAAUUUACGUUUUAUCCAACCUACCCCUCGGGUCCAUAUCAACCUGUCCCCAGUUACCUGGACGUCCCCGUGGUGCCUACUAUCAGUGCGCCGUCAGAGGCCAGACACGAGUCUCUGCUGCCCAUGGAGAGCUACCAACCGUGGACUCUCGCCCCCAACGGCUGGAACAGCCAGGUUUACUGCGCCAAGGAGCAGCCUCAGCCUGGACACAUGUGGAAGUCCUCCAUACCCGACACCGUGUCUCACACUGGAGGAGAGUCCGGCUCUUAUCGACGGGGAAGAAAGAAGCGCGUGCCAUACACCAAGGUGCAACUGAAGGAACUCGAGCGCGAGUACAACGCCAAUAAAUUUAUCACGAAAGACAAAAGGCGGAGGAUAUCAGCGCAGACCAACCUGUCCGAGAGGCAGGUCACGAUAUGGUUUCAAAACAGACGCGUAAAGGAGAAGAAAAUUGUCAACAAAUUAAAAACCAUCAGCUAGUUUGUUCUGAUUGUGGACACAAAAAAAGUCAAAAAAAAAAUCAAUGAAAUAAAAUUUCAGUGGGAGAUACACACAUUAACACGAGCGGGCCACUGGACUCGUGGAUCGGGACAGCGAACUCUUUCCUGACUGAACAUGAUUGAAUUUUAUGUUGGGGAAUGACUUCCAGGAGCCUCUGGAACAAACUUGCAGGGCCUAUGAAGGCCGGGACCUCCAUAUCCUGCCACUUGUUGUUAAAUAUUGUUUUAAGUAAUCAAGAGGGAGAAAAUAUCCAGUAUAGCUGCAAUUUGUGUGACCCCCACCCCCCUCCUUCCCUCCCCUCCUUUUCUUCUGGCAUGCUCAGUUUCAGUGCAAGUCCAUGUUCAGAAAGUUGUGCUCCACCGAGCAACACCUUUGUCUUUAACGAGAGUUAUAAACAGAAGAUUCACAGGACGUUUCGGUGUUAUGGAUUUGGACCUUGGGAGUGUUAAAUAUUAUCCAACACAGACUUCCUUUUAAAAACUCACAUGCUUUUAUGAAAUUUAGUGUUAUCAUACAAAAUCUGUGUUCUCAUUCAUAUCCAGUAUUGGUGCAAUCUUAUUAUAAUGCUUAGAUAAUCGUCCAGGAGAUGUGUUGAUGUCAAUCACGGCUUUUAUAACGUGUGAGUAUUAAUGUGGUUGUAUAUAAGCAAAAGUAAAUUCCAGCAUGAUAUCUUGGCUGUGUGUGAGUCUAGUAUAUCGGUGUUAAAGUCCGUCCCCAUAAAACAGGAU